GUUGCGUCUCCACACCAAGCGCGGCCUGUCAGGGCUGGCAGAGAAUAGUCGCUACGAAGGGCAGACGGCAAGACAGAGAUAGCUUGCGAUACACAACAGAUUGCAAAUUUUCAUACGAUUUUUUUAUUCACUCUACGGUUUCGUGUUCGGCGGGCUAGGAUCGACACGACUGAUGCGGUGUGACGAUAGGGGACGGUUCGCCCUCCUCGUGACGUUUGUCGCGAGCCAACCAACCAUCAAACACCACCUACAAAACUCCAACGGCGGAGCGACGGUGUUGCACGUGUGCGCAAGUCCUACGGCGGGAUUGCAUCUCGCUUCGCUGCAACUAAUUCCCCGAGUGUCUUGCUGGGUAGGUGAGCGAGUUUCGUCUUUUUUCCACUACCACUACCACACUGCAAAGUACAUACAAGAGGUAUACCUACCAUCGGCAGCUGCUGCGGCUACUACUCUGGCGUGGUACCGUGCAGCUGUGGUAAGUCCGGUGCCUGAGCCAGGGGGGGUUGAGACCCCACCCGGGAGAUCUCCCGCCCCUGUCUCUCUGGUGGGCUGGCUGGCGCACGACUUCCUUGCGAGCGAGCGAGUGAACCUCUUCUGGUCUGGUCUCGAUCCGAUCGAGAGCUUGCUUUGCUUUGCUUUGCUCUGCGCCGAGUGGUCCGCUCGGGAGUCGGGAUGCCGGCCGGGGGGGGGGGGUUGGGUGGGUGUGUGUGUGUGCCGCCGCCCCCACACUCCCGCCCCUCCAGCUCAUGCGUGGCGGGCUCGGCAGAUCUUGUUUCUUCGUCUGUUUUGUUUUGGGGUUUGGUUUCGGUUUUGGCGUGUUGUGUUCGGUGUUUGAUGUACAUCUGUGAGAGGUGUACAUACCGUGUAGAUCCGGGGGAUGGAUGGGUUGGUUGAUUCGUCUUCUUGCUCCGGUGCGAUGAAAGCUGUCACUGGAUCCAUGGAUUUCGCUUUCGGUUCGAGUGGCAGGCCAGAGUGCCGUCGCUUCAGUGACACUCAGCUGCCUCUGCAGCACGACACUGGGGAGCCCGUUUGGAUUCAGCUCGUGGGCUGGUUAAUUUGCUGCCGUGAGGCGUCGUGGGGGAAAGUCGCCUC